GAACAAACUUUAAUGUUUGAGUUGCUUAUUCAACAUUUUAGAAUCUCUCGAUUCUGCAUAUGUCACGUACAGGCAGCAGCCACCGCAUUAGCUAGAACAUGCAGCAGGUGAAGCAUAUCCAGUACGACUUUGCAAUGGUGCAGUUCAUGGUUAUAAGAUUGAGGCUUCACAGCUGGUUCUUGGAGCUUGGAAUCUGCCUGAGGACGUUUGUUUGAUUUCAGUUUCUCCUUGCACAACUCAACAUGGCGUUGGUCAAAGCGAAAGUCACGGAAGAAGUGAAUGGCAAUGGAGAGUUGGUCGUGCACUCUCCGGAUGGACGUGACGAGGUGUAUGCAAUCAUCACGAUCCCAGAGGCAACAAUGUACUUGGUAGAAAAUGCGAAGGGGGAGAUCCUGAUGGACCUUGGCUUGCAGAGCGUGCUCACCGACCUGAACCGUGCAUCGGAUCUCUUGUUCUUGGCUUACUUGGGUGUAGUCGGGACGGGCGACUUGCAUGCCAGGAUCUCGAAUCGUCAGAAGGAGUUGGCUGAAUUGUGUGGAGAUUGUGAGGUGACCAUGACCACUCUUGUAACCGGAAGCAGGGAUGUGCUGGAUAGACUGACGGAAGCAUAUAGGUACCUGUUGGUUGCGAAAGAGGAUCGAGCACUGCGCAUCCUCUCCAGAUGCGCGGCGAAUGCAAAGGAAAUGGCGAGCAAGUGUGAGGAGUUGGCGCGUGGUUUCGGGAAGUUGAAGGAAGAUACCAAGGAGGACGCAGAAACUGCCACAAAAGCCUGGGGCGCGCAAGUCGUCAAGAUCAAGGAGUUGAAACAACUUCGUGACGAGAUGGAGGCCACGAAGGCGGAACAAGAUAAGUUGACAGAAGAAUACAACAACUCUCUUGAAGAAAUGAAGAGUGAGAUUGCCAAAGCGGAGGCCAAAGAGGAUUUGGCCAAUCAACGAGCAUUUAUUAGUGAGAUAGUGGGUGUCAUUGCAAAAACUGUAGGAGCGGGACUUGGUGCUUAUGUGUCGAUGAAGCAGCCGUUCAGUGUGCCCCCCAAGAACGACGAAGCCUCAGAUCACGGUGAAAAGCCCAAUGCUUCUGAGAAGAAAAAAUUAGAGGAACAGGAAGCCGCCAAAAAGAAGGAGUUGGAGGAUGCUAAAUCAGCGCAGGAAGAAGCUACUUCGAAGGAAAGUGAGCUGCGGGACAAAGUUUUUGCCGCCGGAGCUGACAAAAAAUCGAAAGAAGAACAGCUCAAAUCGGCAGAGACCGGAGACAAGACUGAUGCAGGAUACGACGAGAAGGUCAAGAAGGCUAAAGCUGAAUUGGAGACGAGUGCCGCUGCUUUGAGCAAGUUGGAGGAGGAACAGAAGAAGGCGCAGGAGGCUGCAAAGAAGGCCAAGAAGAAGGUCACUGAUGCUACCGCGGCCUUGAAUGCAGCGGCUGCCGCCUUGACUGAGUUAGCGAACAGCGCCAGCCAGGCGUCGCAACAACAGGCCGAACGAGCGGCGGCAUUAGCCAAGAGUCGCAUGAACUUAAUUCAGCAGAAGAUAGACUUGGAGAAGCUCCGCCGUACCUCCGUCUCACAAGUUGCGAAACUCACUGCGCGUUUGAAGUCCACCGAAGAGGAGACACAGGUGGAGGAGUCGGCCCAGACCGCACUGGAGAUCGCGACAUGGGCGCUCGACAACAUCUACGCAUCGCUCCUCAAUGCCAAGUUCUUCUGGGACAACAUGAGGACGUUUUGCGAGAAACUGGCGAAACCCAAAGUGCUGGAACAAAUCAAAGACGAGACUGACUUCAACGGCGACGACCCGGAGGAACGGAUCAGGGCCUACAAGAGCAAAAGUUUUGUGACAGUGGCUGUUGGCUACCUCGCGCGGUGGGUCGCUCUGGCGAGCGUGUGCGAAGACUAUGUCGCGGCCUCCGCGGUGGCACGCAAGUCUGUAUUAGGCCACAUCAGACAGUCGCCUAAUGCGGACGAGGCCCAAAAGCUCAUUGGCCCACUCAAGAAUCAGCUGAACGACGAGCUUCAAAGCGAUGCAGCCGCCGCCAACACAAAUAUCCGCAACCUCCAACAGAAUCUAGAGAACGGGAAAAAGCAGAUGGCUGAUGCCAAGCCCCAAAUCAAGGAAAUCGAAUAAUCGCUCUUUAUGGACGACACGUGAACUCAGUCACUUGCCAUUCACGGACAUGAUUACGACGCAAGUUGUUCAGCACAGGAUUUCUUGACUGCUCAUGUUAUUAGCGGUUUUAUAUGUAAAUGUUUACAUUUUGUCAAUACAUAUCAUGUUAUUAUUGAUGUUCUAAAUUUUUUUGAUUAAUAACAACUAGUUUUUAUUUCUUUCA